AUGGCAUUCCCAGCCUUUGAGUCAUCCGGGGAUGCUUAUAAACCCAUUGAGCCUACCCCUCAGCAAUUACCUGUUCAAGAGGACGAUGCUGUACAAGUGUCGAAUACUCCAACGGAAAAUGGACAGGCUCCUACUCGGUCAACCCAGGACGAUCAAGCCGUGGAAGUGGAACCUACAAGGCAUGUCGACUACCUUUCUCACGAGUGGAAAGAAGAAGACAUCUGGCGCUCCUGGAGUUAUGUUGUUCACCGAAGGGGGAAUCUGGCCAAUGGCACACGCCUUGAAAAUGCAUCAUGGAGGUCGUGGGUGAAAGCCAAGAACCAGUUAAAAACCGUAUCUCCAGAGGCUUUGAACUGGCUCAAGGAUUGUGAUGUUACUUGGUUGUAUGGCCCGUUACAGACCAACACCAGUACAACUAUGUCAACCACCAACACAUCCCCGCCACCAAGCCGAAUAUCACACUCAUCGUCAUUUAUUUCCAAGAAGCCCAUUUUGAAGAAGAAAUCAGCGUCGGCGGUCAUCUUGGAGAGGUCAAGGUCCCAGCAUUCUCUCUUGCAAAGAGCCAGCGACAUCAUAAGGAUUCAGCAAUCUAGUCCCGCACACGGCCGACCUAUUCUGAGAAGGGGACACUCGGAAUUUGCCCUACCUCGAUACGCUGACAGCUCCGUGGCAAAUACCCCUGCGGAGCAAGAUGCGAGUGCAUCUUCCGGAGCACAUUCGUCCUUUACGUUUCCUGACGUGCCCACACCGUCGGAAUGCAAACAUGUUCUCUUCGAUGAAGAGGUGAGACAGGUUCAGGCAAUUGACUCUGAAGACGAUGACAAGAUCGAGGAAGAUGCAGCUAUCUUUGACGAAGAGGAAGACGAUGACGGUGGAUUGAUGAUGGCCCCUGCUGCUAAACCGGGCCGGGGUAGCGGACGAGCAACACCACGUGGAAGCUUCAGCAUGGAAUCGAAAACUAUUGUUCCACUACCAUCCACCACGCUCAAGUAUCGAACUGACACCCCUGAACCUCGGGAACUAUCGAAUGGCCAGAUUGGACUUUGGCCUCAUGGACGGAGACUUUCACCCUCGCCUUCACAGGAAACAUUGAGGCCGACCCGACCGAGUCAAAACUUUCUGAUCGAUGACGACCCUGAAGUCGUCGACGAACCCUGGCAGCCCCAGUCUAGCCUAGGAGGCCGAUCGCCUUAUGAUGAUGAAGACGAAGACUACGCUCGAAGCUCACACAUGAGGCGGACCGAAUCUGGCAUGUUUAUGCCAUACGAAGAUAGCGAGGAAGAAGCCAUCAUGAACAACACACUAUUCGGGCAGGCCAUGUACGCUGUCAAUACGUUCAAGGAUAUUGCACACGUUGUAUGGAACGUUGGCUGGAAUCGCAAAUGA